AUGGUGGUCUGGAGAAUACAAGGGGAUUGUAUAGAAGAGGAGAGAAAGGCACUACUGGAAAUCAAAGAUUCCUUUAUCAAGUUAUACAAUUCCAAAAUGGACAAUUUUCUCCCCACCUGGGUUGAUUAUGGCAGUGGUAUCCUAGGGGAUGGUGGCGGUGACUGUUGUGAGUGGGAGAGGGUAAAUUGCAACGCAACCACUGGGCAUGUGACAGACCUCUCUUUUUACUAUUUGAGAGGGAUGAUAGGUGAUAACAUGGAGUUUGGGAGCAAGCUGUGGCCAUUGAAUGUUUCCUUGUUUCUUCAUUUUAAAGAGUUGAGAAGUCUAAAUUUGUCAUAUGAUUAUCUUGAUGAAGAGAUUAUGAAGACAGAACUUGAAAGGUUGUCGAGUUUGAAGAAGUUGGAGGUACUAGACCUUAGUGGGAAUCGUGAUAUCGAUAACGACAUCCUUCCAUCAUUAAAGACACUCGCUUCACUCAAAGUCUUGGAUCUUAGCGACACUAGCUUGAAUGGAAACUUCCCUACCAAUGAAUUAUCACAUCUGACUAACCUCGAGGAGCUGGAACUAAAGAAUACUGAGCUCAAUGAGACACCAAAUAGCCAAGCUUGUAAGAGCUUAUCGAGAUUGAAGAGGCUGGAGAGUAUAGACCUUUCAGGCAACAAAUUCAACAAGAGCAUCAUAUCAUGCCUAACUGCCCUCCCGUCCCUCAAGAUUCUUCAUCUUUCAAAUUCUCCUUCACUGGGAAGUUCCUUUCCUGUCCAAGAAUUUCAUGAUUUGUUUGAUUUGGAAGUUCUCCUCUUGAGAUUUAAUGGUUUCAGCGGUACACUACCAAUGGAAGGUUUUGCAUCUUUCCACCGUUUGGAGGUCUUAGAUUUGAGUCACAACAGUUUUGUUGGGAGCAUCCCUUCAUCAAUACAGGCAUUAUCUUCAUUAAGAGCUCUCUCAUUCGCUAACAAUGAACUCAACGGCUCAUUACCUGAGCAUGGUUUCUGUGAGUUGAACAACCUCCAUGAAUUAGAUCUUAGUCACAACAUGCUAGAUGGAAUUCUGCCUCAAUGUUUCAACAGUCUAUCAUCUCUUAGGUUACUUGAUAUAUCUUCAAAUCGAUUCACAGGGAAACGUGUGCCAUCAUUCAUUGCUAAUCUCACAUCUCUUGAGUACAUUGAUUUUAGUCAUAACAAUUUUGAAGGUUCAUUCUCUUUCAGCUCAUUCUCCAAUCAUAAAAAGCUUGAGGUAGUUCGAUUCAGAAGUGACAAUGACAUAUUUGAGGUGGAAACAGAGGAGCCUAUAGAUUGGAUUCCGAUGUUCCAGUUGAAAAUUCUUGAGCUAUCUAAUUGUAAUAUGAAAAUGCCUAAAGGACGUAUUAUUCCUGGGUUUCUACUUCACCAACACAAUUUACGACAAGUAGACAUGUCUCACAACUCCUUGGAGGGACAAUUACCAAAUUGGUUAAUUAGGAACAAUUCGAAUCUGGAAGUUCUUAUUCUACGUGAUAACUUGUUUGGUGGUAUGCCACUGCAUAUGAAUGCUAAUAUGAAGUGGUUGGAUGUGUCUCAAAAUCACAUGAUAGGUUUGAUCCCGGAUUGGCUUACCAACAUGAGUAGCUUGUCUGAACUUGUGGUGAGAAAUAAUAGUUUGGAAGGCAGGUUUCCUUGCGGAGCAGCUUUUUUCUCAUUUCUUGAUAUCUCACAAAAUUCUUUUUCUGGGCCCAUCCCAUCCUGCUCAAAUUUGCAAUAUAUGGAGCAUCUUCAUUUGGGUUCCAACAGAUUCACUGGAUCAAUACCCAAUUUCUUUCGUAAUUUGACUAAUGUUUUGACUUUAGACAUCGGCAACAACAACUUGUCAGGCAGGAUUCCUAAAUUUCUUGGCGAACUAUCCAAUUUAAGGAUUCUUCUUUUGAGAAAAAAUAACUUUAGCGGUUUGAUUCCGAGGCAGUUGUGUCAAUUAAGUAAUAUGAGUUUCAUAGACUUAUCCGCUAACUCAUUUUCUGGCUCAAUACCUAGCUGCCUACAUAAUAUUACCGGCCCAAGUGACCUUGUUUUCUUAAAAAGAAGCAAAUCAUUGUAUUCGUAUGAUUCCUCUUACCAUUAUGAGAGUAUUAUAUGGGGGUUGCGUUCAAUCUUCCUUGGCGGUGAAGCCUUGGGAAUACAAGACGAAGUACAGUAUACAACGAAAAGUCUCUUUCUCCGCUACAAGGGUGGCAUCCUUGAUUACAUGACGGGAUUGGAUUUAUCUAGUAACAAACUUACAGGUGAAAUUCCAGAAGAAGUCGGGUUUUUAACCCAACUUCGUGCUUUAAACCUGUCUCACAAUCAACUAAUUGGACUCAUUCCAGUGAGCUUCUCAAAUCUUGCAAAGAUAGAGAGCUUGGACCUUUCUUCAAAUGGUUUGACCGGCACAAUUCCAUCAGAACUCAUUAAGCUUACCUCCUUGUCUAUUUUCAAUGUUUCUCACAACAGUCUCUCAGGCAGACUCCCAGAAAUGAAGUCACAGUUUGGUACCUUCACGGAGGAGAGUUAUGAAGGUAAUCCACUUCUUUGUGGACCACCAUUGGAGAAGAAAUGCAACACAAAUCCACACGUGACCAAUCCAUCAGCCGAAGAAGACCAUGAGAAAUGGUAUGAUAUUGAUAUGACAUAUUUCUAUGGAAGUUCUAGUUCGACAUGUUUUGUGUUCUUAUUGGGAUUUGUUGCAAUACUUUAUACCAAUCCUCGGUGGCGUAGAAGGUGGCUAGACUGGGUUGAAGAUUGUAUAUAUACAUGUUAUUACUUCCUUUAUGAUUUAGUAUGGAAGCCUUCUAUGAUCUUCUGUAGGUAG